AUGGAUGGACAGCAGCAGCAGCGCGACGAGCGCGCCGGUCAGAACAAUAGAGUCCCAGUAAACGGAGCGCAGUCCGCCGCAGGGCCGCGCAGAAGAAACGACGAAUCGUGGGUUGAAAUCGCGUCGCAGCCGUCUUCGUCUUCGCUCUCGUCCAUCGGAGACGAGAUCGUCACGACCGGUCUCCGAGUCGGCGGGUCUAUGGCCGCUCGCCGACGUCGCUUACAUCACCCACCCGCCCCUCGGUCUUUCCAUGUCGACCAGACAGCUAUUCACGCCGGCACAAGCAGUCAGGAAGAAUAUGAAGAGAGCGAGAGCGAGGAGGACCGAUGUCUGACGAGCUCGACCGAGAACGUGCAACCUUCUGUUCGGGCGCCGUUCCAACAGCAGCUAUCGGCCCAGGUGGAGUCAGAGGACUCGGAUGAUGGCGAUGAGAUCGCGACUGCCCUAGGAGCACGCGUCCCCGACGACCCCGUCUUCAGGCCUCACCCAAAUGCGUUCUCUCAUCCGCCGUCGGGCUUGCACAGGAGUCAGUCUGCCGGCUCGGCCAUCCAUCAGCACCCGCAUAGUAGCGUAAGACCGUCGCUCUCCCAUCGGUCCCAGACGAGAGUGCACCGCAGCCCGCCAAACUUCAUGUCGCCGGCGUACCAAGCCGACAACGAUGCCGCUCUCCGUGCUUCCCUCACCACCCUCCUCUCGUGUGCUGCUGCCGCUCGGGGUCUGCCCAAGUACAAGGACAGUGAGCAGCAGGGCGCACCGGCCGCUACCGGAGUCGGACCUAGUUCUCAGCCUGUAGAACUGAGGCUCAUGCCUGAAUCUGAACUCAUGACUGAUAGACAACCACAACCUCUAGCCCCAUCACCAGCCAAGACACCUGCUCGGUCACGGACCGCCACAUCUUCUACGCCUUCAUCACCCAAGAGCGAAGGCGUUGACAAGCACAAGAGGACUUCCUCUUCACAGACUCGCUCGUCGAGGGCGACGAAGAAGAAGAAGGUGGCCGCCGGCGAGGACGCGCUCAUCAGCCCGACUUUGCUGACCUGGGUUGUGAGCGCUGGCGUCGUGGUGCUUGUUUCCGUGGUCGGGUUUGGCGCGGGCUAUGUGAUCGGCCGCGAGGUUGGACGUCAAGAAGUGCUCUCGGCGGCGGGAGCGGGCGUCAACGCUUCGACCGUAGCAGACUCUUCGUCGUGCGGUAGGGAAGUUAUUCGUUCUUCCGGCGGUGGCCUUCGUCGCCUCAGGUGGGGUGCGGGGGUUGGCCGAAGCGUUGUUGCUUGA